GAGUGCUGGGGAGCAGGGCUUUGUGGCCCAGGCGGCAGCAAUGCCGAAGAACAGCAAGGUGACCCAGCGCGAACACAGCAGCGAGCAUGUCACCGAGUCGGUGGCCGACCUGCUGGCCCUCGAGGAGCCGGUGGACUACAAGCAGAGCAUCCUGAACGUGGCGGGCGAGACAGGCGGCAAGCAGAAGGCCGCAGACGAGGAGCUGGGUGCGGAGGACCGGCCGGCCUGGAAUAGCAAGCUGCAGUACAUCCUGGCCCAGAUUGGGUUCUCUGUGGGCCUGGGCAACAUCUGGAGGUUCCCUUACCUGUGCCAGAAAAAUGGAGGCGGUGCCUACCUGGUGCCCUACCUCGUGCUGCUGAUCAUCAUCGGGAUCCCACUCUUCUUCUUGGAGCUGGCCGUGGGCCAGAGGAUCCGCCGCGGCAGCAUUGGCGUGUGGCACUAUGUGUGCCCCCGCCUGGGGGGCAUCGGCUUCUCCAGCUGCAUAGUCUGCCUCUUUGUUGGGCUGUAUUAUAAUGUGAUCAUCGGGUGGAGCAUCUUCUACUUCUUCAAGUCCUUCCAGUACCCGCUGCCGUGGAGUGAAUGUCCUGUCAUCAGGAAUGGGACUGUGGCAGUGGUGGAGGCAGAGUGUGAAAAGAGCUCAGCCACUACCUACUUCUGGUACCGAGAGGCCUUGGACAUAUCCAACUCCAUCUCGGAGAGCGGCGGCCUCAAUUGGAAGAUGACCCUGUGUCUCCUGGUGGCCUGGAGCAUCGUGGGUAUGGCUGUCGUCAAGGGCAUCCAGUCCUCGGGGAAGGUGAUGUAUUUCAGCUCCCUCUUCCCCUACGUGGUGCUCGCCUGCUUCCUGGUCCGGGGGCUGUUGCUGCGAGGGGCCGUCGAUGGCAUCCUACACAUGUUUACCCCCAAGCUGGACAAGAUGCUGGACCCCCAGGUGUGGCGGGAGGCGGCCACCCAGGUCUUCUUCGCCCUGGGGCUGGGCUUCGGGGGUGUCAUCGCCUUCUCCAGCUACAACAAGCCAGACAACAACUGCCACUUCGACGCUGCACUGGUGUCCUUCAUUAAUUUCUUCACCUCGGUGCUGGCCACCCUCGUGGUGUUUGCCGUGCUGGGCUUCAAGGCCAACAUCAUGAACGAGAAGUGUGUGGUCGAGAAUGCCGAGAAAAUCCUGGGGUACCUCCACACCAACGUCCUGAGCCGGGACCUCAUCCCUCCGCACGUCAACUUCUCGCACCUGACUGCCAAGGACUACACAGAGAUGUACAAAGUCAUCAGGGCCGUGAAGGAAGACCACUUCGCAUCCCUGGGCCUCGACCCCUGCCUUCUGGAGGACGAGCUGGACAAGUCCGUGCAGGGCACAGGGCUGGCCUUCAUCGCCUUCACGGAGGCCAUGACGCACUUCCCCGCCUCCCCGUUCUGGUCUGUCAUGUUCUUCCUGAUGCUCAUCAACCUGGGCCUGGGCAGUAUGAUUGGGACCAUGGCUGGCAUCACCACGCCCAUCAUCGACACCUUCAAGGUGCCCAAGGAGAUGUUCACAGUGGGCUGCUGUGUGUUUGCAUUCUUCGUGGGGCUGUUGUUCGUCCAGCGCUCCGGAAACUACUUUGUCACUAUGUUUGAUGACUACUCGGCCACCCUGCCGCUUACUGUCAUCGUCAUCCUUGAGAACAUUGCUGUGGCCUGGAUCUAUGGAACCAAGAAGUUCAUGCAGGAGCUGACGGAGAUGCUGGGCUUCCGGCCCUAUCGCUUCUACUUCUACAUGUGGAAGUUCGUGUCUCCCCUGUGUAUGGCUGUGCUCACCACGGCCAGCAUCAUCCAGCUGGGGGUCACGCCCCCGGGGUACAGUGCCUGGAUCAAGGAGGAGGCUGCCGAGCGCUACCUGUACUUUCCCACCUGGGCCAUGGCGCUCCUGAUCACCCUCAUCGUUGUGGCGACCCUGCCCAUCCCUGUGGUGUUCAUCCUUCGGCACUUCCACCUGCUCUCCGACGGCUCCAACACCCUCUCUGUGUCCUACAAGAAGGGCCGCAUGAUGAAGGACAUCUCCAACCUGGAGGAGAACGAUGAGACCCGCUUCAUCCUCAGCAAGGUGCCCAGCGAGGCGCCGUCCCCUAUGCCCACCCACCGCUCCUACCUGGGGCCCGGCAGCACGUCCCCCCUGGAGACCGGCGGCAACCCCAACGGACGCUAUGGGAGCAGCUACCUCCUGGCCGGCACCCCCGAGUCAGAGCUGUGACCACUGCCCCACCCUGCCCACCUCUCCCGCCUCACGCCCAUCCAGCCCGCUCAUCCCAGCCUGGCCUCUCUUUCUAGGCCAGGUCCUCUGCCCAAGGAGAGGGGGUCUGCCCUGCCUCAUCCCCCACCCCAGUCCCAGCCAGCUUCCCCCUACACCUGAGCAGGGCCUGCGAGAGACUCCGU